AUGAACGAGGAGGAACUUAGGCGGAUUGUGAAGACGGGUGAUGCUGCUACUCUUCACGCGUAUAUUCAACGCAGUCAAAGACCAUUAUCGCAGCCAUUAGAUGCGGAAGCUCGAUUCGUCUACUACCAUCUUCCACAUGAUACCAGUACACCUCAUCAUUCAUUAGAGUCAAGAUUAGCAGGAGGGGAACCGUAUGAAAAAAGUCCAAACUCUCUUAUUAGCGAUUAUCAUGGUCCUACUACAACUGUUAUUAUACCUCCUGAAGGGAGAAAAAGUGAUCUUGGAUCUCGUAUAUCGCGGCAUCAACCAUCCCCAUCACUGGGGCGCCAAUUAUAUACACAAUCAAACCUCUCAGAACUUGCUUGGGUUAUUGAUCGCAGUCCAUGGAGUAGUGAUAUUCUUCGUAGUUCUUCUGCUUUAUUUCCUCCAAAUGAAUUUAGAGAUGUAAUACGUUGGGAGAGAAGCAGUUCUGAAAGAAUACUUCGUCAAUCUUCAGGAAAGAAGAAAUUAUCAUCGUCUUAUUCAUUACCAUCUACGAGUAAUAUCCCUAUGGGAAGAAAAAUUCCUUGUACAAAGGAAUCUCAUCAUCAUAAUAAAGAAAAAUUAAAAGAAAUUCUUACUGGGUUACAGAGUGUAGAAUCAGAAGAGAGAAGGCGUCGUGGGAAAAUAGAAGCAGCUUAUUCGAAGCUAUACAUAGAAGCUAUACGUUGGCAUUAUAUGUUUCUUGAACAAUGUGAUAAAGAUAAAACUGAUCUACUUAAAUUGGAGUACACUGCACGCUGUUCUAUUGCAGAGGAAGAAAAUAUUCAUUUUAAAAAGAUUCUGGAGUUAUCUCUAGAUGAUGUUAUGGGGAGCUGCCAAGAUAGUGUGCGCAUGCAAUGGCUACGAAAAUUGAUGGCAAACGCAUUAACGUUACACGAGUGGGUUAACAUGAAUAGUUCCCUAACAUAUCAAAAGGGCUUCAAUAACAGGGACGCAGCAAGUAAAGUGGGAGAUGUGUGUAGUGUUGGUGAGAGAAACCUACACGAAGACUCUGGGUAUCGCGAGAAGAGGAUACCAGAGUUAAAAGUGACUCCUGAAAAAGUUAUUUCCCGUGUGGAUGAUAUUCAAACAAAGACAUAUGAAACAGCACGAGAUCACCGCUCCAUGGCCGUGCGACCCUCACGUCCACGUGUGCUGCCACUCACUGAACCACAUGAGGAAUGUAUUGUUAUUUGA